AAGAGAUUAAGAGAAUUGAACAGAGAGACGGGAUCCAAUUUCAUUCACAAUUCACAAACCGUAAUCCCUAGGCUCUCACUCUCAAGUCUCAUCUCGACAUCUCUUAUUCGUCUCUCUCAACCCCGGCGUGCGGCGAGUCGGCGACCUUCGAGCGGUGGGACCUCGACUCGUUUGGCGACUGGCGAGCGGCGAACCUUCAAGGGGCAGCAGCAGUGUCUAGCGGCAAGGGGCAGUGCCGCAGCAGCAGGGUCUCCGAGCGGCGCCGGCAACGACAAAGCAACUCCAUUUCGGUAAAGGGAUUAAAGCUCCAGGCUUGUGGGAUCUUUGGGACUGGUCUAAAUCGCUCAAGUAUAUCUCCCAUGUCAUCUGCAAAUGUGUUAGUGAAGCCAUUGGUGAUUCAGGCUAGAGCCCAUCAGAGGACAGAGAGUCCUAAGAUUCGCAAUCGAAGAUUAAGAGAAAAGUUUAACGGGACAGCCAUUAGGCCGAGGCUUUCGGUGUUUUGCUCAAAAAAGCAGUUGUAUGCUAUGUUAGUAGAUGACCAAAAGAAAAAGUGCUUGUUCUAUGGAAGCACUCUUCAGAAAUCCAUGCAAAAUGAUCCAGCUUGCACUACUGCUGAGGCAGCUAAACGUGUUGGGGAAGAGCUUAUCAAGACAUGUGUGGAUCUCAACAUAAACAAGAUCUUGUCGUAUGAUCGAAAUGGCUUGGCUUGCGGUGAACGAAUGCAAGCCUUCGAAAUUGCUAUGUACAGCCAUGGUUUCUUGCCUCGAUAGAAUCUACUCUAGUGUUUAUAAAUGUGACCAUUUUGAUACUAUAUUUUAGACUGCAACGAAUGUGUAUCAUAAAAAAUGACAGUGUAAUACAUCAUCAUGGAUCUCCAACACCCUGUUUUUUUUACUAAUCCGUAAUGGACUCAAAACUUGAAUUUGUUGUUUCAUGUGAAUGAAGUGUGUUUUUUUAGAUCGUGUGACGGGUUGACUUGUAAGCACC